UCAAACAGCUGUUUACCGGCGCAAUUCCAAUUCAUUCGAGAUUUAUAUUUUGAUACGGUUUGUUUUUUAUUUACAAAUUUCUAAUUAUUUUGGAUAAAAAUGCUCUCACAAAGUGCACGUACAUUAAUAUCACCGCUACGCAUGGCGUUGAGGCAAGUAGCACGUUGCAGCUCCAAUGAGGCAGCGCCGGUUCGUGUGGAAAAAACUGUCAAUAAUGUAACCAUACUGGGGCGUGUCGGUGCAGAUCCACAAUUGCGCGGUUCCGUCGAGCACCCGGUUGUUAUGUUUUCGGUAGCAACGCAUACUAAUUACAGAUAUGAGAGUGGCGAUUGGGCUCAACGUACUGACUGGCAUCGCGUUGUAGUUUUUAAGCCAAAUUUGCGCGAUACAGUUAUGGAACAUCUGAAGAAAGGUCAACGCACCAUGGUGCAAGGAAAAAUCACAUAUGGUGAGAUUACCGAUCAGCAAGGUAAUCAAAAGACCACUACCAGCAUAAUUGCUGAUGAUGUAAUCUUCUUCCGUACCGACUCGUGAUCACGCGUAACCAAUUUGUUCAACUAAUUUUUAAGCAUUUAUACACAUUAAUUCUUAUGUAAAUGUUACAUAUGCUAAGUUUAAUGAUUAAAGUGUCAAAAAUCAAAAAGUUUCACCUAGUAAUAGAAGUUCAUACAAUUAAACAUCAUCACACCACAAUGGUUAAAAAAAAAGUAA